CCACACGUUCCAACUUAACGGUAGCCACUGCCAAUGUCAGCUGGAAUCCACCUUCCUCACCUUCCCAUCAUCAUAACAUCCACCAACUCCAGUCUCAAAUUUCUUGGUUCAAAUAUGAUAUCUAUCAUAUAAUAUUAUUAUGCUUCGUCGCCUUCAAGCUCAAGCAUAACGGGCCGAUGUCAACGGCCGCCUCCCUCUUUCUCCUACCAAAUCUUUUAUUCUCUCCACCAAAACCCCAUGGACUCCUCCCCUUCGUCCCAAUUCCAGGGUUGGGAGUAGGUUUAGGGUUCCGAGUACCCUCGUCAGUUGCGGCACCGGUGGCGGCAAGAAGACGGCGGCCUCCCGCUCCGACAUGGACUCGCCGGCCGUGGACUGCGUCGGUACCGGCGCCGAUGUCGAGUGCUUCGUGCCAGAGUCCUCCUCCGAGGGCGACCAGCUGCUGCCGCCGCCGGCGAAGAAGAGACCGGCGGCGAGCUUCGAGAUUGGGAGAGGGGAAAUGGGGGAGGGUUCCGACGUUGGGUUGGUCCAGAAGGCUUUGGAUUGGGCGCUCCUGGUGUCGCCCUUCUUCUUCUGGGGCACGGCCAUGGUCGCCAUGAAGGAGGUGAUCCCCAAGACGGGGCCUUUCUUCGUCUCGGCCUUCCGGCUGAUCCCGGCAGGGGCUCUUUUGAUCGGUUUCGCAGCGGUGAGGGGGAGGAAGCAGCCGACCGGGGCUUUUGCGUGGCUCUCCAUCGUCUUGUUUGGGGUCGUGGAUGCUGCUUGCUUUCAGGGAUUUCUGGCUGAGGGUUUGCAGAGGACAUCGGCGGGAUUGGGCAGUGUAAGUUUGUAAGCUUUAAGCUCUUUGAA